AUGCCUGUGACUCGCUUGGAUUGGUCCACAGAGUCUACACUCUACUCAGCCAUGAGAGUGUUUUUGAAGGGGGUGGAUGUCUGCAUGGACAAGCAGUUUGCAACAAGGGAGAGGUUUACCAUACCAACUGUCGAAGAAAUCCUCGGCAAAGUCGCUGGCGCCCAGAUAUUCUCCCUGCUAGACGCCAAACAAGGCUUCUGGCAAGUACCACUGACAGAGGAAAGCCAGAAGUUUACUACCUUUAUUACACCAUUCGGGCGUUACUGCUUUAAACGCCUUCCAUUUGGCACCACAUCGGCACCAGAAAUAUAUCAACGCAUCAUGUGCGACCUUCUUACCGACAUAACAGGAGUUGUGGUGUACAUGGACAACGUACUGAUCAACGAUCGCACAACAGAAGAACACGAUGAAAGACUCCAGCGCGUUCUCGAAAUUGCGCAAAACGCUGGACAACGGCUGAACAAGGACAAAUGCAAAAUUGCCCAAACAAAGGUCGACUUCCUCGGCAUGAAGCUCGAUAAGGAUGGCAUCCAUGCCGACCCUGCAAAGAUAGCGGCGAUCAUCCAAAUGCCACUACCCACCACCAAAACCGAAGUCAAACGACUAAUGGGAAUGAUCAAUUGGCUCGCGCGGUUCAUUCCCCAUGUCUCCUCAGUCGCUGCACCAAUAAAUGACCUACUGAAGAGUGAUGUCCGCUGGGUGUGGGGAUCACCACAGCAGUCAGCUUUUCGCAGCAUUAAGACACUCCUCACAUCAGCUCCUUCACUCGCUUUCUGUGAUCCAAAUAAGCUGACCAUGGUUAGCGCUGAUACAAGAGAAUACGGACUGGGUGGAUGUAUUAUUCUGCAGCAACAAAAUGACAGGCAGUGGAAGCCAGUGGCGUACUGCUCAAGAAGCCUCACUCCAUCUGAACGACGCUACAUGCAGAUAGAGAAAGAGCUGUUGGCUUCGGUGUGGUCGUGCGAAAGGUUUUAUGUAUACCUUCGAGGCCUUCAAGUCACCAUACAGACUGACCUUAAACCGCUGGUUCCACUCAUCAACAUUAAGGAUCUGUGUGACGCUCCGCUGAUGUGUCAACGACUUCUUAUGCGUCUCAUGAAGUACCACUGCUCCGCAGAUCAUCGGUCACUGAAAGCGACAACCUUCCAGACGAAGUUGAAGCACAUGUCCAUAUGGUCACAAGUCACUGGCCAGUCUCCCAGGGGGAAUUUGGACGAGAUCAAGCGUGAAACUGCCCUCGAUGAAGUGCUGGUGCAAGUCGCAUCAUACAUUCGCAGUGGCUGGCCAAAAUACUCCCGCGACAUUGAAUCAACAACAGUGAAGCUCUACUGGGAGAACCAAGACAACCUCAGCUUCGUCCAGGGGAUCCUCGCCCAUGGCGACGGCAUCGUCAUCCCGGCAAAUAUGCGCCAAGAAAUGCUAUUGAGGAUUCAUGAAGGUCACCAGGGAAUACCAGAAUCUAGAGCCCGAGCUGUUCCAGCCGUUUGGUGGCCAGGUAUUGGGAGCGACAUUGCCCAGUACGUAGAGAAAUGCUCCUUCUGUCAGACCAAGCAGUCAGCACAGCGAGCGGAACCUCUAAUCUCGACUCCGCUUCCUGAACGACCUUGGCAACGUCUUGCCUGUGAUCUGGCAGAGGUCAAUGGGAGACACUACAUUGUCCUAGUUGACUACUCUUCGCGAUGGAUUGAGGUCCAUCAUCUCAAGACAACAACGCCGUGGGCCGUCAUUAACUUUUUGAAGGCCACUUUCGGCAUACCUGAGGUUAUCGUCACCGAUAAUGGGCCAAAGUUCCUGACCGAGUUCAACCAAUUUGCAAGUGAGUAUGACAUCCAACAUCUUACAUCUAGCCCCAACUGCCCUCAGGCGAAUGGAAUGGCCGAGAAUGCAGUCCACAUUGCUAAAUCAAUAUUCCGGCAGCCUGAUCCUCUGCGAGCAUUGCUGACCUACCGAUCCACACCAAUCUCAGGCCUCAACCUUAGAAGAAGGAGCGCUUCGUGCUCAACGUUCGAUUGCAAUGCACAUUGGCGCUUCGCCUUAUCGUUAUCCACAUAG